CAGGCGCCUGGCGGCGGGCUGAGGGCGCGCAGCGGCGGGAGGCGAGCGAGGCGCCGGAGCCCGGCGCUGCUUCCUUCCUUCCGCGGGGCGGAGGUGGUGGGCAGCCGGGCCCCCGCCCCGCUCUGGAUGCCCAUCGCGGCUGCUCGGGCCGGGGGGUGGCUGCGGCUCCCCGGCGGGGGGCGCGGGCCAGGAUGCCGGUGCUGGAGCGCUUCUUCCCCGCGGCAGAGCCGGGCAGGAGGAGGAGGACGGGGGAAGAGCCGAUGCCCUUUCCCAUGGGCAGCCUGCCCGGUUAUCAGCAGGGGACCCUGGCCUGGGACUUGCCCGACAUGAUCAAAAUGGUAAAGCUCGUCUGGAAAUCCAAGGGGGAGCUCCGCGGGGCGAAGCACAGAGGCAUUUCGGAGAGCGAGGAUGCCCUGGGCGGUUCGGCAGGAGAUGCACGGGUGAGAGGUCAGACAGGGGUUGUCUCCGAGCGCCGCGGCUCCUACCCGUUUAUAGACUUCCGUCUUCUUAACAAUACUACWCUCUCAGGGGAAAUUGGCACCAAGAAAAAAGUGAAAAGACUGUUAAGUUUCCAGAGGUAUUUCCAUGCAUCCCGGUUACUGCGUGGAAUUGUACCACAAGCCUCUCUCUACCUACUGGAUGAGGACUACCUUGGGCAAGCAAGGCAUAUGCUAUCCAAGGUGGGAAUGUGGGAUUUUGACAUUUUCUUGUUUGAUCGCUUGACAAAUGGAAACAGUCUCGUAACACUGCUUUGUCACCUCUUCAAUGUGCAUGGACUUAUUCACCAUUUCCAGUUAGACAUGGUUACAUUACACAGGUUUUUUGUUAUGGUUCAAGAAGAUUACCAUAGCCAAAACCCAUACCACAAUGCUGUCCAUGCUGCUGAUGUCACCCAAGCUAUGCACUGCUAUCUGAGGGAGCCCAAGCUUGCCAACUUCCUCACGCCGUCGGACAUCAUGCUCGGACUGCUUGCUGCUGCAGCUCAUGACGUGGAUCACCCAGGGGUCAACCAGCCCUUUCUGAUUAAAACUAAACACCACCUUGCCAGCCUGUACCAGAACGUUUCGGUGCUGGAGAACCACCACUGGCGCUCCACCAUCGGCAUGCUGCGAGAGUCGCGCCUGCUCGCCCACCUGCCCAAGGAGGUCACACAGGACAUCGAGCAGCAAUUGGGCUCCCUCAUCUUGGCAACAGACAUCAACAGACAAAAUGAGUUUUUGAUCCGUCUGAAAUCUCACCUUGACAAUCAGGAUUUGAGACUGGAGGAUGCUCAAGACAGACAUUUUAUGCUUCAGAUUGCACUCAAGUGUGCUGACAUUUGCAACCCCUGCCGGGUCUGGGAUCUGAGCAAACAGUGGAGUGAACGGGUGUGCGAAGAGUUUUACCGGCAAGGUGAUCUCGAACAAAAAUUUGAACUGGAAAUAAGCCCCCUUUGUAAUCAGCAGAAGGAUACAAUACCAAGCAUACAAAUUGGGUUCAUGACAUACAUCGUUGAGCCGCUCUUUGAGAGGUGGGCCCAGUUUACUGGCGACACUCCGCUAUCUGAAAAUAUGCUAAACCAUCUCAGGAGGAACAAGGCCAAGUGGAGAAGUUUGCUCCACAAGCAACACAGCAGUAGUAGGAGCAACGACCACUCAGGCCAAGUGACUGGCAGCCAGGAWCAGACUUUAAAUGAGGAAGAGACUCCUUAGAGGCAGCUUUGCACUUUUCCUUCCAGCACUGCUAUCUCCAUCUUGGUCACAGCAGCAAGCAAGGUCCCGGGGAGCCAUGAGCCCCUUGUCAACACCAUGCAAAGGGAAGAAAUGGCAAAGCUCUAAGGGUCCUCACCAACAAGCCCACAGUUCUGCUGGGUUUCUUUCUGAUCUUCACGUUCCUGUCCCCUGUCUUCRUUCUGCGCAUGCCUGAUGCCAUUCGUCACUCCUGAUCCCGAGCUGCCCCUGCGUCCCAGUCAGCAGCAGUGAAGCCGGGCCAGUUCCGACUGCCRUGAACCUGGGAGGAUUGCUGAGAGAACAGGGGACACAGAGAGGCACUCUUGGUGGUCUUUUCAUUUACCACGAGUCAUAUUGUGUAUAUAGGCCCAGAGUGCCACACCCUUUCCAGGCUGGCAGCUGGGCUGCACAUUAAACCACCAGCAUCUCCAGCAUCCAGAGGACACGGGCUGAGUGGGACAGUGCUCGCAGAGGGCAGAGUCGGGUUGUUUUAGUACUUAAAACAAAAACCUUUUUAACUUUUGUAUUCUGUGCACUAAACAACAGAUUGAUAAAACUUGGACUGAAGUUACUCUCCAUCUAUACACACCUCCAAUGUAACAAGGCUCAUUUUGGUAAGCAUUUUUAUGCCACUUUGGAUAAAAGAUGGGCAUCUUCUCCUGCAAGGAACAGUAUUCCCUMGCAGCCGAAAGGGAAGGUGUAGUAYAGUCUAAACCUUUGAAACACGAAGAGAUCUAUCUUUUGAGUACUGUUUCAAGUUACCUGUUUAUAUUCAUAUGUGUACAUUUUCUGUAAAUACAAAGCGCUACUGAUUCCCAUGCCAAAAUACUGGAGUACUGUGGGAUGAUUGCUACCUGUAAAAACAUUGGCACUGUGAACAGAAUACUGUUAGUUUUAAUACAAGAGAAAGCAUUUGUAAAUAUGGUAUAGAGUUUAUUAAUAUACACCGUUGUUUGUGGAUAAAAGCCUUAACUUUAAGCAUCCUUCAUCUUCUGAUAGCUGCCAAAAUCAUAUGACUCAAGAUACGAUUCUGAACUGCCUUUCCACUAUCCAAGGUGUAUCAAAGGUCAUUAAGGAAUGAAGUCUGGCAGGAUAACUUCUUGAAAACUUCAAACACAUUCCAUAUGGGUCCGUGUUGUUAAUCCAUGGCACCUUGCACAUUUGGUCUAGGUAAAUGUUUCACAGAGCCUGAAGUUUUAAGUUUAAAAAAAAURCCAAGCCCCACAGCACCACCACAUGAUUUGAUAGUGCAACCUGAUUACCAUUUAUUCAAGAGUGUGAAUUUUAACUAAAUAGCUUAGUGAUUUACAAAGCACGACAUUCUGCUAGUUCUGAAGUUCAGYUGUUUCCUCAAGAGAUGUUGCAGUAUAACUGAUUUUUUCCCCACAUUCCCUCCUUAGAUAGUCAGCAUCAAAAUGCAUUUGUAUUUUUUCUUUUAGUUAAAUAAUACUUCAACUGACUUUAUAGAUUGGUCUCAGUCAAUGAAGGAAAAAAUGUGUUGUAGUCAGGCUAUUAGGAGAAAUCCUCUUAGCUAUCACAGUGGCUGAGGAAUUUUCUGUGAUCUGGUGUUUGUGAAAGAUACUUGGCCUUAACUAUGCCAUAAACAACCUCAGUUUGGAAAGUCUUUAUAAAACUUUACCUAAGUUUCCACCGUUUCAAUGAGAUUGCAAUCUCAGACAGUACUGCAUUGCACCAAAGUGAUUGUCCCSUGCUCCUCUGCCCCAGCAAGAAUGGUUGCAUUCAGGUGACGUGUACAGCAUUGUUGUGAACUCCCAGUACAGCAAAUCUGUGUAGAAGCUUUCCAAAAGAAUGAGCAGGAAUGGCCACGUAGUCAUGCUUGGAUACUUGUGUUUGGAUAUGGAGACCUUGAAGACGCCAAUGAAGAAAGAGAUACUUAAGUUGGUGUUUGAGAAACAUGAGAAAGAUGUUUACUUGUAAAAGUGCAGGGGAAAAUACAUUUUUCUCAAUUAUAGGGGAUUUUGACUUGAUGAGAGAAAGUUCAUGCUCAUAUGGUGACUAAUGUGUUUAAAGGAAAAUAAAAAGCAUGAGUUUUAGUGAAGGAUGAUUUACUCCACUAUGUAUCUUCAGAGAAAAGAGGCUGAAACCCAGUGAAGUAGGAAGGCGUAAAACAGAGUGAGCAAURUUUUUCUGCCCCUCCAUGUUAUGUAAGGUACAACCAGCAGAAAACCUCCUUUUUCCUCCCCCUAAUCUAAAUGAGAGUCCCAUAAUAGAAUGACCACGGCAAGCAAAGGCCACACCAGAGAGGUGUAGCAGAAUUAAAUUAUUUUUAACUACAGGACUUAAAUGUGUUCUUAAGGAUAGGUGGGUGGUGGGAGUGGAAGCACCACCACUUUGCACCUUUUUAGGUGUACCUUUGACAGAUGCAGGACAAUUAUUAGGACAUUAUGUGAGUACUGUAAUGUGCUGCUUGGAAGCACUUAAGUCCAUACAAAAGGAUGUGAUUUCCCGUGUUUUGUCUUUUUACUAAGAAAUGGAAGCCCUUUCCCCUCUAGUUCAAAGAAUUUUUUUAAAUGCUCUGAAAUUUUCGCAGCGUCUAGCAGCAYAAAAAGCUCUUGACAGAAACAUUGUUGAGCUGUUUCUGAAUAGCUUCUAGAAAAUAGGUCCAACAGGAAAGCCUAGGUACAAAUGAAAUUUUGUUGCAGCCACAUUAAACCCAAACCCUUUUUUUACACGUGGAGCCUACAGGGUCCAUUACAAGUUUGCUCUUACCAAGUUAAAACUUUUCAGCUUUAAAAAUGCUCUGAAAGUUAUCAGACUGGGGGAUUUUGGUGAACUGAACGUACCUGCUGGAUUUCAAUCACCUUGUCYAAUGAAACAGUGCUUGCAAUAGGUUCGGGGUGGCCCCAGCAGCGCUUCUGUACUUGUGAGCCACCCCCAUGACACAGGUUUGGCCCGGGGCCAGUUUGCCUCAGGUGCUGCAGACAGAAGUGCUCGGAAAGGUUAGGCUCUGGCAGCAAGACUCCCUGGGGUCUGUAAUGCAGAAUGCAACCAUGGGAUUUCCCUUAGGAGCCAAAUCAUGGCUGGUGACAGCCGAUCCAACAGCGCCAGUGCUCAGCACGUGCAGUUGUGACGCACAUUUGGUGUUCUCUGGUUGGCAGGACAUUUCUGCACUGGGAUGCCAAUAUCCAUGCUGAUGCACGGAAUAGAAAAGCUUAGCACAUAACACUGWUUUCGGUGCUGUCAGCCCCAUCAGCCACUUUACAGAGAGCCGUUUAUUGUAAAGUAAAUUAUUUUUGCUUCUUACUUGGCCAGUGCAGCUGAAAGGUUUUUAAAUUUUAAAACAGAGUUAAGGUUUUCAUAUAUGGAAAGAGGAAAAAAAAGCUGUUAAAAGCAAGUUUUUAUGCCCCACAAAUGCAAUUCAUUUGAUUAAAAUCUAGCUCCUCUAAAUGAAGAUUUCAUACAAUCUAAGAGGCAAUUCUGUGUAAUUAACAACAAUAAGUGAAAAUUGUAGGCUGGUUAAAAUAAGGCAUACAUGUGCAUCAUCAUUAAGUAAAGAUUUUACCUACCUUUGGGUUUUUAAAGUGAUCCAGCCACCAGCCAAACAGGGAAUAAAGGACUAUUGACAGCAUGUACCUUUGGAAUACAGGGAACAAGCUGGAGGAGUAGCUGAUGUCAAAUAGAGUCUGUGGAGGAAAAAGAAAAAAGCAAAACACAUGAUCUGCAGUUAUAUCUAACCUAAUUUGCAGCACAGGUCAAUUAUUUUUAUAUAAUCUCAAUGUUCAUGAAGGAAACCAAAGUCUCCCCAAUGAUUAAUGAGAAGGCUGCUACCACAGCAAAUGAGGUAAGGCUGUUGUUACACUGCAUGGUUAUCUCACCAGCUUUUUCAAUUUGUGGUUUAAAUUUCUGUUACAAGUUUCCAUCAAAUGAGACACAGAAUGCACAUUUAGCCCCUCCAAAUGAAUUCUUCUCAGAAAGGAGAAACUCAAGUGGUUACAAUUUUAUUUUCAGGUACCAGCCAGGGUACCAGCCAUAAUUUAUUGCCUUAUAUUUUAGUCACACAGCUGAGUCAUCCAUAAAGUACGCCCAUUCCCCUCCUGAUGUUACCAUGACUCCUGUGACCCACAAAAAUCAAUAAUUAAAUUCGAACUCAAAUCCUGGAAAUCCAAAAAAAGCCACCCCAAAACAAAARCACGAGACAAGUUUCAUGUCAAGAAUAUUCAAAUUAUUUCGAUUGGUGGAAACUAUUGCUCUAUUGUUUGUUACUAUAAUCCAUCCAAUAUUUUAGGUACAUAGACUUUAAAUGCAGAGCAUAAGCUUGACUUGGAUGUAAAAUAUAUUCUGCUUAUCUUUGAAUUCAAGAUUGUAUAUGUCAUGUUUAUUGUAAAGCAUUUUAUAUAUACAUAUUCACAUACCUUAUACAACUCUAUGGGCCAAACACUGGUCCCCCCAACUUCACUGGGACCAAGAAUCAGCCCCCAUAUGUGCGUAUAUAUGCCAUAUGCAUCAUUCUGAAAGGAAGCACUAGAUUGUGUGAAAAUGCUGUGACUGCUAUGCAGUGAUGCCAAGAGACUUAACUGUAUCUUUUUUAACAUACUGCUGUAAGUAUUCAUCAUGUUGAAGAAUGACAACUAAUAAAA